CACAAAUAGGUUUGUGGAGGAAGAUUGCAGGAAAGAUAACAAAAUACUCCAUACACUUCAAAUAAGACCUGUGGACUUUUUUCAGAGGUACUUGGUUGAGUGUAUUCAGCACUAGCUUUCCAGAGAAAUCCUUUCAGUUCGGAUCUGAAUUGCAGACACACUUGUUUUUGUUGUGCAGGCAAGAAGUUUGUUUAGAUAUCUGUGGAAGAUGCAAGUUUGACAGUUGCAAUCAUUCAUUCCAUCUUGAAUGUGUAUCCUGCUGAGGUUGUGUUAUGCAUGAAAUCCAAUGUGAAAAGCUCCACAGUGAGAAGUAACAACUACACCUUGUAGUUCGCACAACAAGUAACAGUUGACAUCAGGUAUCAGUCCAAUGGGAUCAUAGUGCUGGCAUUCUUCUGUUGUGCUUCAGUCAUACAUCAUGGAAAAAGGCUGUCAUGUAUCUAUGCGUUGUGGAUGGCUCGAUAAUGAUCAUGUAUUGUCUUUCUGUUGACUGCAUAGUACGCAGCAAAAGCUUUUCACUGUACUUCGGUACACAUGACAAUAAACUAAACUCAAAGGCUCUUCAGCCCAACUUGCCCAUCCCGACUAAGAUGUCCUAUCUAAAUAGAUACAUAGACAAUAGGUGCAGGAGCCAGCACCAACAUUCAAUGUGAUCAUGGCUAAUCAUCCACAAUGUACCCCAUUCCUGCCUUCUCCCCAUAUCCCUUGAUUUUGCUAGCCCUAAGAGUACUAUCUAACUCCCUUUUUAAUGCAUCCAGUGAAUUGACCUCCACUCAGUUCUAAAUGGCCUAUCCCUUAUUCUUAAACUGUGGCCCCUGGCUCUGGACCCCCUCCCCCUCCUUUCCCUGCAACUAGCGUGUCCAAUCCCUUAAUCAUUUUAUGUUUACUAUAAGAUCCCCCCUCAUCGUUCUAAAUUCAAAUGAAUACAAGCCCAGUCGCUCCAUUCUUUAAUCAUAUUACAAUCCCUCCAUCCCGGGAAUUAACCUCGUGAAUCUACAGGAUGUCCCAUCUACACCUGCUUGCGUUUGACCCAUAAUAAUAUCCCUCUUAACUUUUCCUGUUCCGUGUACCUCUGUCCAAAUGCCUUUUGAAUGUUAAAUUAAUUGGGGCGGAGAAUCAGAGGGAUCGGGUACGGUACUAUAUUUUGCGGAAAUAGACCAAGCAAUCCAUCAACGCUGGGUGAGUUCAUUAAAAAAAAAGGCCUGAUCAAUAAACUCCUGCCAGCGGUGAACGGGCUAAACAUGGCGGCGAAGGCGACGACGAAGUCGAAGGUGUUGGCGGGCGGGUGGGCGACAGUUGGAAGGCGCGUGGUCUCGCCUCGCACCGUCAACUGUUUGCAUUCAAACGGGGCCGGCAGCGGGGCACGCGCCGCCUCCAGUACUUGUGGCUGCAGUAACUCCUCGGCUUCAGGGAGACUCGUGGUUCUUCGUGUUACAAGUAUCAAUGUUUGGAUAUGGCUUCUACAAAUCUGAAAAGUUCAGAUGGAAAACAGAACGUGGUUCUCAACACUAAAAUCUCAAAAGAAUCAGAUGCUAUUACCGUAUCUCAAAAUAGUGCAUUGGAAAAUGCAGAGGAUCCAAGACUGUCUAAUGGGAAUGACAAAGUUUGUAACAGAAAACCUGAAUCCUAUUUGAAUCAGAGAAUAACACAUACAAGGAAAGUUAAGCUAAAGAGAAAGAAUACAUUAGACAGUUUAGGAAUCAAAAGAAAAUUAGAAAACGAGGAAAAAUUCACCAGCAAAAAAGAACUGAAAAUAGUUGAACAUCAGGAUCCACCAGUUAUUCAGUCCCUCAGUCGUGUGCCCUUAAAAAGUGUAAUGGAUGUCGAAAUGAAAUUGGUUUAUGUUGAUGAACAACAGAUAAUGUAUGAAUUUGUGGAAUCCCAAGAAUACCGAAGUGCUGAAUCAACAUGUGAAGUUACCAAAUCAGGAGAAUCUACAAAUUCCUGUGCUUUAAAUUUGGCACCUCAGAUGGAUAAAUGGCUUGCUAAAGCUUUGAAGGAUGCAAGCUUUUACUACCACCAGAAGAAGUACUCAGUAGCAGCAGGACGAUUCAGAACAGCUUUGGAGCUGUGUAGCAAAGGAGCCGUUCUAGGAAACCCAUUUUAUGCAUCUUAUGAAAAGAUUUCGAGCAUUGCUAGUUUUAUCGAAACUAAGCUUGUAACUUGUUAUCUGCGUAUGAGGAGACCAGACCUAGCUCUUAAUCAUGCUCACAGGAGCAUUUUACUGAAUCCAAUUAACUUUCGAAAUCAUCUUCGUCAAGCCACAGUCUUCCGUUGUUUGGAGCGAUAUGCUGAAGCUGCAAGAAGUGCUAUGAUUGCUGAUUACAUUUAUUGGCUGCAUGGAGCAAAGGAACAGAACAUCAGCAAACAUGUCAAGCUAUAUUGGCAGGCCAUGUUGGAAGAGGGUAUCACACAAGCUGAAACAUUUUCAGUUAUGUACACACCAUUUGCAGUGAAUCCAACUACGGCACAAAUAGAAAAAAUAAAAGAAGUUUUCAGGAAUAAACAUCCUUCUUAUGCCAACUACCUUUAUGCAGAUCCUGGCACAAAUCAUAUCCUGCCACAGACAGUCGAUUGGUCUGAAGCCUUAACACAACGCUACAUGCUGUUACUUGGUUUCAAGAAUCCAGAGGAUGGAACCUUUUUGGAAAAGAUCAUAAAUAGAAGGUCACCAACAUUCACAGAAUCUAGAACUCCAUUUUGGUCACUUACUGUAAAAGAAGUUGAGAAGAACAUGGAUAUCCUUGGGAGGAGGAUCCUGCCAGUUUUAGAUUUUACACUGUGCACUAAACUAGCUGGGGGAAUUUGCCCAGGCACAGGUGUGUUUGAGAAACUACAAUAUGCCAGUUAUCUGAGUCAGCUAAAACGAAUGAAGGAGCAAGCACAAGUGAUUAACCAAACAAUUGCAGAAUUAGCCACCAUGCCCUACCUGCAUGAAAUGAGUCAACAUGAAAUUGAACUGCUACAUUCAUUAAUGACUGAUGCUGUUGACACUCUUGAAGGAAACAAGACCAGUGGAGAAUGUGUUUGGAGCAAAACCGAAAAGGUUGGACUGAUUGAAGACCUUAUCUAUCAACUAGAAGAUAAUUUUCUGAAAUCAAAAGCUCUAAAAACAGCACGAAAACAAAGAAGAGAAGUGAAGAAGUUGAAAAGCCAAAAGCUAGUUCCAUUGCCUAGUGAUUUGAAGCAAACCAGAGAGACAAAAUCUGUGGGAAAGACAGCAAUACACUCACAGACCGAAAAAUGAGAUGACAUUGGCACACUUUUCCUUCCUUUGUCUGUCAUCGUUGUGCCAAAGGAGCUUAAACAGUAAUAUUGGAAUGCUACAUAAAUUGAACAUAAAAAUGAAACUGAAACAGUAACUGGCAUCCAUGAUUGCUUUUAAUUAUUAUCUUAAAUCAUAAUCCUCAAAUACUUAGGCCACCAUGUUACAUAGCACAUGCAGCUAACACUGUCAGAUUGAAAUGCCUCCUUUAAAAACAAUCUGCUACCCAUUAAUGCUAUUGACAAACUGCGUUUGGACAUUCGAAAUGUUUUUCAAUGGCAUAACAUCAUUAACUUAAUUUGUUGAAAUAACCAAGUUAUACCAACCAAUGCCAUCACAUCUGAAUUGGUAUUUAAUGUUAACAUGAGUUAAAUUCUAAUUACAUUUACCCACUAUAUUCCUGCAGCAUCCUUUCAUCCCAUUUUUUAAAAGUUGAAUUUGUCCCUUACCAAUAAUUGUAGAAUUCACAUUUUCAAAAUUCUAGGUUUUCCUGAAACUAUUAUGAUUAACAUUGUCAGUACACAACUGCUCCAAUAAAAUGCCACUAUUCAUUUUCAUGGCUCUAUAAUUCGACAAAUUCUGCCAUCUAUA